AUGGUCGAGCGUUCGACAUGUUCGGGACGGAUUGGAGAACUCAUGAACUCCGACCGAGCCACUUGCCACUCAGAAUGGUUUAUCCGACUUGCAGUCCUUGCCCUUCCGGCAGCUUCGACUUCAACCACCAUCGAAAAUUCGACAACAACCACAAGCACAGUUCCUGAGUUCUCUUACUACGUCGGCGAUUGGUCUUCUUGUUCUGCGACUUGCGAAAUUGGCACUCGUAGCCGAGAAGUAUUUUGCUAUCGGACCUGUUCAAAUCCUCGCGCAUGCACUUCUGGCGUUACGGAAUGGGACUGUCGCGAUCAUACCAUACCAUCAGAUUCAGAAAUUUGCUUCGGACCAGAGCCAGUUUGUCCAGCCACAAGCACCGCAACUUCAUCCAAGACUUCAACUAGCACACGCACCUUUGUGACUUUAACAGAGACUACGCAAACCACGACGCGAGGAGUGCAGGCAGGAUGGGAAUGUGUUUCUUUUGGCAGUGGAUGCGCUGUGAGAGAGGUUGCAGAUCGGCAGUGUGGGCCUUCUUGCCCAUGUUGCACACUAAGCUCAACAAAGGUGCCGACCCUGCCUGUGCGAGUUACAACAGAUCCACCGGCAGAAGAUGGCGCAGGGCUGCCUACGGCAGUGCUGAUACCUUUGCUGCUGACCUUGGUUUGCGUGGUUGGGGCUUUUGCAGUUCUUGCUUGGCGGUGCCACGUUGGGCGGCGGCCGAAAGUCGUCAGGCGUGGCCCCAAGGCUGAAGUGUAUGGAGCAACGCCUCGUCAAGCAGACAGGCUCCACCCAGACGAACCCAGCAAAGGUACAGUCUUUGACAGGAAGCUGGGUAGAGGUGUUCCAUCUGCUGCCCCAGAUGGAUAUUUUGAUGGUCCUCCAGAGUGGAUGAACGAUGAGGAGGGCGGGCUUAAGAAGGAUUUGCCCCCGUUCCACAGGGCCUUCAGUGCCAGUGAGCACACCUUCGGUGCUGAGAGCCGCUCAGCUCAUUCCAGCCCGAGCAGACACAGAAGGCAAGCUCCGGAAACUGAUUCAAAGAAGUUUGAGCCAGAGCAUCAUGAACACCAUCAACGUCACGAUGAGCGUCCCAGUCCAACAGCGCCGUCAGGGACGCUGCCGCCAGGCUAUGCGGCUGCUGCGCGGCGGAAUCGCCGAGCAGGAAAAGAUGCGCCGGACAUCAACAGCUUCGGCGGUGGUGGUCCUUCAGCAUCGAACAUUCCCGGGCAGGCCAACGAAGAAGGAGAGGGCAGCAAGCAAGGAACCUCACCUGAGGAGGAGUCCCAAUCUCGUGGUCACGACGGCGAUGCCAAAGGGCCCAGUCGUGGUGGCACAAAGAGCAGUGCGGGAACCAGAGAGGGCCCACGGGCAAAUCCUCGGGUUGCUGCGGACACAGCUGCAGCGCCGGAAGCAGCUGAUCUGAUCGCGCAAGUUGACUACGAGCUGGAUCAAUCACAAUCCAAGGAUUUGGAAAGCCGCCGCCGGAUUUUCAAGGCAUUGAUUCUGAAAUGGCAUCCUGACAAGAAUCAGGAAGCACUUGCAGCAGAGGUCUUCCGGCAUUUGAUGGCACGGCGAGGUGGAUAUCUUGAGGCAUAA